ACGUGCACCAACAGAACAAAACCCCGUCAGAAAACGGAGCGCAGCACCCAGGUGCCAAAAACACACCUCGCCGCAGCGCAUUCCCUCGAACACCUCGGAGGCGGGGGGGCCAGGCCGAGGCGGAGCCCCCGAUGGCCGGAUCCGACCUCCCGUCCGGCAACGGAGGUCCGUAUCCGCCGCCGCCGACCACCCCGCCGCGGGGGCGCGCGAAGCAUAAGCGUGGCGACGACGACGCGUCGGUGCCGACGCCCGGCACGCGGAGCUCGGCGUCGGCGUCGGCGCGGCAGGACGUGGAAGAGGUCGUGAACGGCGCGGUGCGGGUGGCGCGGCGCGCGGCCGCGGGGGCGCUGUGGACCCCGGCGAAGAAGGCGGCGACGGUGCCGGGGCUCGACGGCAACCACGUGGAGCUGAUGCGGGACGUGAUCUGCGAGGCGCGCCAGGCGCUCUCCGUCGUCUUGCCCGAUGACGCCGACUCGCUGUACCAGAAGAAAUAUAAGGUUCACAGAUCAGGCUCAAGAAGUUCUGGGAGGUUAGCAUGUAAGAUCAGCUACUUGUCUAGCUUUCCGGCAAAACGUGUUGGAAGAGAUCCUGUCGCGCACCAAGCUUCUGUCCCUGAGUGGAAAGGUGCUCCAUCUGAGAAAUAUACUGAUGAUUACAAAGCUAAAACCUUACAAAAAAUGGGCACAAUUGUCUGUCCGUUAAGCAUGGACAUUUCAGCAGCUGAUGAGGCAGAGAAGACGAGGAAAGAAAGGGUGGACAAGUGUGACUGUUCUCUUCCUGGAUCUGAUGACUGUGUGCGAGUUCAUGUAAAAAAGGCCAGGAGUUUUAUCAAGGAUCAGUUGGGUGAGGAAGCUUUCAAAAACUGUGGUCUUGAUGCAAUGGGUGAGCAAGUUGGAGAGUUAUGGACAGCAACAGACAAAAGGAAACUUGCUAAUGUUGACAAGUUGAUUCCUCAGAAUAAACAUCAGAAAUUCAUGAAGAUUGCCUUACAGCAGCUCAAACAAAAGGAAGCAAAGGAUUUGGGAAAGUAUUACUACAAUGUUUUUCUUCCGAGAAGAUUGGCAAGCUUGACCAGGGAAGAGCCUGGAAAGGGCAAAGAUGUGGAUACAAAUGAUGAAGAGAGUGAUCAAGAUGAUGGCAACAAUGAACAUCAAUCUAGAAAGAAGAGUAAGAACUUCAGAUCUUCUUCUGAAAGGUGCAGGAAGUAGAAGUCAACAGAAAUGGAUGGGUGGCCCAAUUUUUUUGCUUGCAUAGAAGAGGAAGUAGGUAACUUCAGAGAGUUUAUAGAUGAGUUGCGCAGGGGUUCUUUGUGAUAGUUUGGAGUGGAGUCAAGGCUAACAUUGGACCCCUUGCGUCUACGGAUCUCUAAAGAUCCCCCCAAAAAGUACAUGAUCUAAACCAAUGUUCAUGAUUUUGCUUCAUUUUUUUUAUUGCUGUGAUGUGCAUCGCAUGAAAGAGAGAAUGAAAGUUGUAUACAUCUAUACAUAGAGGGUCCAGAUAUAGAACUGACCAGAUAUGCUGGUCAAAGUUUAGGGAAUUCUUUUUGGUCUAUCCAGAAAUUGAAAAUUUUGCAGACAUGUGUUGCUGUUGGAAUGUUUUUACCCCUUGUUUC